AUGUGUUUUGUUCAUGCAAUUGGAAAAAUAAUUUGCCUUUUGGAAGCCAAACCGAAGAAUCCUGAAGCUGAUAUGAAUGUGAGUGAGAUAUGUUCCUACUGGGGCUAUGAAAGUGAAGAGCAUGAGGUUAUGACUAAGGAUGGUUAUCUUCUCUCAAUAUUCCGGAUUCAGCAUGGGAAGAAUGAGGGACAGGAUUCGUACAACACCUUCCUUCUGGCGGAUGCUGGUUUUGAGGUGUGGCUGGGGAACAGCAGGGGCACUAACAAUGCCAGGAAACAUGUGCGCUUAGACCCAGAUUCUAAAGAAUUCUGGGCUUUUAGUUUUGAUGAACAAAUAGCAUAUGACCUCCCAGCCAACAUUGAUUUCAUCUUGAACAAGACGGGACAAACACAACUUUACUAUAUUGGCCACUCCCAGGGCGUCUAUCUUGCCUAUGGGGCAUUUGCAACAAACCCACAGCUGGCCCAGAAGAUCAAGAUCAACUUUGCCCUGGGCCCUGUUGUGCUUACCAAGUUUCUGCAAGGUGUCUUUCGCACGAUUGCUUCUAGAACACACCAGAGGCACAUUAAUCGCCACGACAACCUUUGUGUUAGCUCUAAAGAUCAAGCUGUGUUUGGUGAAAAGGAUGUACUCAGCAGAUCAAAUUUAUAUUCUAUCCUUGAGUUCUUAUGCCAUCGGGAGAAAAUUGCAACAGCUUGUAAUAACUUUCUUACAGUGGGGUUUGGAUACGACCCCCAGAAUUUAAAUGAGAGUCGUUUUGAUGUUUAUACUGGACAUAUUCCAGCAGGAACUUCAGUUCGAUGUAUACUUCAUUUUUCUCAGGGAAUCAAAUCAGGUUUAUUCCAAGCAUAUAACUGGGGCAGUGAAUCCCUAAAUAUGCAGCACUACAAUCAGUCUACUCCUCCAAUAUACAAGAUAGAAGACAUGAAAGUUCAAACUGCUAUGUGGAGUGGGGGGCGAGAUCUUCUGGGAGAUCCAAUAGACGUUCAGAACCUGAUAGCCAAAACUCCCAAUCUACUUUAUCACAAGCAGAUUCCUCACUAUAAUCAUAUGGAUUUUAUAUUGGGUAAAGAUGUUGCUUCACAAGUUUACAAAGAAAUCAUUGAAUUCAUCAAUAAAGAUCAAUCAGAGUAAA